CGGUGUUCGCGCGAAGGAAGGUGAAUCCUACUCUCGCGCGGAGGAUGUCCCCCGACCUGGGGGCAUCCCGUGGGAAGCAACGCAAUUUGACAGGUACAUAUUUGGGUUUAUUCUUAAAGAAAAAGAGAGAAAGUAAAAAGGUAACAAUAAUAAGAAGAUGGAGCCACCAGAGCCACUCGCAAGAAGAGCACCAUCUAUUUGCUAUUGUAUGGAUCAAGCGUGAAGCCCCCUCCCUUCUCCGUCACCAUCGUCUCUCUGUGAUUGGUCCGAGGCUUUGAGCCUGGCCUCUCUACUAUCUCCUCCUAUUUCGCGCUCUCUCUCUAUCUGAUCAGAUCGGCAGGUCUCAUCUUCGUCCGUCCGGCGAUGGAAGAAGGGGGAGGGAACGGGGGAGGAGCGGUGUCUGUGGGACCGGUGGUGGGGGAGCAGUACUGCAGCGAAGUGGAGCGGGAGCUGACGGUGCGGAAGACGUCUCUUUUCUUUCCGGGGGACGGAUUCGCCGCCUACGACCACCAGACCGGGGAGCUGGUCUUCCGGGUAGACACCUACGGCCGGGGCCCCGCCCUUGCCGACCAGCUCGUCCUCAUGGAUCCCAUCGGCGCCUCCAUCCUUACCCUCCGACGCAAGUGGCCGAGCCUGCACCAGCGGUGGGAGGGCUUCCUGGGCGAGCUGAGCGAGCGGCAGGAGCCGCUGUUCACCGUGAGGAGGUCGUCCAUCUUCGGCAGAGACCGAGGCGACGUGGCGGUAGAGGUGCAUGGUGGUGGCGGGACGUACCGGAUCGAGGGUUCCUUCGCCCAACGCUGUUGCCGGGUGCUGCACGAGGGCCGCGGCGGAGGGGGAGAGGGAGGAGGGUUGGUGGUGGUGGUGGUGGUGGCGGCGGAGAUCAAGCGCAAGGUGGAUGCGUGCGCCCACGUGGUGCUGGGAAGGGACGUGUUUCGCCUCUGCCUGCGGCCUCGUUUCGACGCGGCCUUCGCCAUGGGCCUCGUCCUCGUCCUCGACCAGAUCUGCCCCAACGACGAGGAAGACGACAUCUCCCCCGUCGAUCACGACGAUAUCCAUGGCGACGACAGCCAUGCCGACAGGCAUGCCCACCACUCAUAACCUCUCUUCUUCUGUACCAGUUAACCGACACCACUCUUUUCAUCUCUCUCCGCUGUGCUCUGUUUUUUUUUCCCUCCUCUCUGCUGUUGCUGUCUCUGUUUUCUCUGCAUCUCUCUUGUUACUCGCGAUUUUGUAGAACGAUGAUUCACUGGGACGGUGGAUAUUUUUGUCCGCGCCAGACCUCCACCAUCAGUUUUUUUUUUUUUAAUUAUUAUUAUAAUCGAAUUUUCUUUAUUUUCA